AUGCGGAUCGCCAUUCGUGAGCAGCUUGCAGCCUUUGUUCUUCUCGCCGUCCUCGUAUCCCUUGCCAUUGUUUCUAUUCCAACAUGGAUCUACGUCAAUCGCUUCGUCGUCGACAUCGAGCGCGAGAGCCUGCAGCUCACAGCUUCCCUAAAGGCGUCCCGGAUUUCUGCAGAGCUUGGCCUCGUCGAGACAAUCGCCAUGACUAUUUCUUCCCGAAUUCUGGUCCAAACCGCAUUUACCAAUUUCUAUAGCACAGGAAAACGAGACUGGGAGGUAGCUCGCGAGGAUCUUGCAAGUGCACUCGCUGUUAGCACCAGCUCGGGCUUGCUACAAGUAAGGCUAUACUCGAGGAACGAAACAGGCUCAUCCAACGGUGGUUUACUCAACGUGACCUCUGCUGCAGUGCCAGAGAUCAUUCUGCCAUAUACAGGCGCCUCUGGCUCCAACGUUCGUCUCGGUGACACUGAGCAGGGCUACCCCCCAACUCUGUUCCCCAAUCUUACAUAUGUCAAUCUGGGCCACCCGAGUUCUGUGCGGAACAACACGACCGCCUUUGCAGCAGAAGCUUUUAAAGGUGUUCGGAUUGCUCGUGACGGCGGCUUGUUGCUCGGCCCGCUAGUCCUCAACGAGACUGCGUCCCUCCUCUCAGUGACAAUUCCUGUCCGGGACAAUAAUGACACUUCUAUCCUUGGCUACAUGACUGUGGUAACUCUAGCAGAGUCACUCGCUGCGGUUCAGGAGUCUCGCGAGGGAUUGGGCAAAUCAGGCCAGGUUCUAUUAAUUGGCCCUACUGAGCGGUCCAAUCGAUUCAAUUCCUCCUUGCCUGCGAGCAAUGCGACGUUUACCCCUGACAGAGAUAAAUUUGGCAACGUACUCGUCAAAUUUGUCCUUCCCCCUAAGGACCCGGAAGGACAGAACGAUCGUCACGAUAUGCAUCAGUUUGUCAGCGAGUUUGGCAACAGGGCGUUUCCUGUCAAGAACUAUCCUGCCGCACUCGAUGCAUUUUCCAACCGAUACGACACAGUCAACAAUGCCAGUGCUCUUCUCAACACACGCAACGAACAAGGUGCCCGGGUCGCUGUUGGUUUUGCCCGGACACAAACCCCCCUUGCAAACUGGACUGUCAUUGUCGAGAAAGCCAAAUGGGAGGCUUAUAAACCGAUUAACACCUUGCGAAACAUUCUCCUUGGAACUGUCUUUGGGACCGUUGGCUUGAUAGCAUUGCUGGUCAUCCCUUGCGCUCAUCUUAGUGUUUUGCCUAUUCGAAAGCUCAAAGCUGCUACAGAGAAGUCAGUAAACCCCCCGGGGUACGAAGAGUCCUUUGUCGAUUCCGAUUCCGAGUUCGAUGAGGAGCUUCCAAGUUCUGGAGGACAAUCACGACGAUCAAGAAAGAAAGGACCCAUGGCCAAAUUCAUCCGACGACUCCAAGGGAAAUCGACAGGACCAAGUUCGAGUCGAGACGUGGCUCGUCGGAUGUUCAAAAUCCCCGCAAAAGUUGACGACCGGAAACACAUUGUUACAGAUGAGCUUACCGAACUGACCCGCACCUUUAACGACAUGAGUGACGAGUUAGUGAAGCAAUAUCUGUCUCUGGAGGUCAAGGUGGCUCUACGGACGAGGGAACUGGAGGAAAGCAAGAAGGCUGCAGAAGCGGCCAAUGAAAGCAAGACACUUUUUAUUGCCAACAUUUCUCACGAGCUCAAGACACCUUUGAAUGGUAUUCUCGGCAUGUGUGCCGUGUGUAUGGAGGAGAAUGACAUCAUCAGGAUCAAACAAUCUUUGAAGACGCUCUACAAGUCGGGCGACUUGCUGCUUCAUCUUUUGGAGGAUCUAUUGAGUUUCUCCAAGAACCAAAUCGGCCAGCAGCUCAACCUUGAGUUGAGAGAGUUCCGCUUGGCUGAUAUCCGGUCACAGAUUUUGACCAUUUUUGACAAACAGGUUCGAGAAGGAAAGAUAAACUUUUCUGUUGAUUUCGUUAGUUCCGAUAAUAUUGAAUUCAGUACGAGCCCAGACAGGACGAAUGGGGAGACAAGAUUACCAGCGCUCGGCCCUCACGGAACUGGACGACUUAAAGACAUGUGUCUAUGGGGUGACCAGCACCGAAUCCUUCAGGUUAUCAUCAAUUUGGUGAGCAACAGUCUGAAGUUUACACCCCACAACGGCAGCGUCUCAGUACGCAUUAAAUGUCUUGGAGAAGCAGAAUCGUUACCCGAGAAUGACAGCCGCGCAUCGUCGAUCUCAAAGAACUCGCGGAAUAACUCGCGACCUGGCCGCCCUCGACAACGUGGAAGUGCCAGCUCAGCAAAUUCCGGUGGUUCGGCAAGCCGCAGUUCCACCCACAAGUUUAACGGCGCAGGGACCGCUCUCUCUAUCAACCCUAUGGAUCCCAAGGCAACUCCUCAUGUUCAAGUCCGCGAGCGAUCGCCUACACCUCCCCCACCGGGUGCUAAAUCAUAUGUCUUCCAAUUCGAGGUUCAAGAUACUGGCCCAGGUAUUCCAGACCACAUGCAAAAGAAGGUUUUCGAGCCUUUUGUCCAGGGUGAUCUUGGUCUCAGCAAGAAGUUUGGCGGUACUGGUCUUGGCCUGAGCAUCUGUCAUCAGUUAGCCGGUCUCAUGGGAGGUUCUAUCAAGUUGCGGAGUACUGUGGGCGUAGGCACAACUUUUACCAUGCUGAUACCGCUCAAAUACGUCAAAGACAGGACGUCUAGCACUGCUUCUAGCAGUGUGAAAUCCCGCCCAACGAGCGUAGAUGCUAGCGACAUGGAACCGCAACGCGUGGCCCCUAAUCCCCCGAAACCUGCGGCCGAGACCAAGUCGGCCAAGGCUCUCAACCCUCAACCUCGAUUAGUCGGCUUAAGUCAACCAUACUUUGCUGCUGACCCUCCGACCAUUAAGAGUGCCGAGCAAAAGAUGGCAGUGAUCGAUAGGGCGAUGGCUAGUAAGGGCGGCCAGGGCAGGCUACGUGUUCUGGUUGCAGACGAUAACUCAACCAACAUCGAGGUUGUCAGCCGCAUGCUGAAGCUCGAGGAUGUUUACGACGUAACGAUUGCGAAAGAUGGCCAAGAGGCGUAUGACAUGGUGAAAGCGACAAUGGAGAAAAACCAGGCGUUCGACGUGAUUUUCAUGGACGUUCAAAUGCCCAACCUCGAUGGAUUGCAAAGCACCCGGCUCAUCCGCGAAAUGGGCUACACAUCUCCCAUUGUCGCUCUCACGGCCUUCUCGGAAGAGAGCAAUGUCAAGGAAUGCAUUGACUCUGGCAUGGACGAGUUCCUUGCUAAGCCCAUUCGACGACCUGCUCUUAAGCAAGUUCUUAAGAAGUUUGCGACAAUCCCCGAGGAGCCAGAGAACGAGAAGCGAUCUUCAUCACUUAAACCGAAUGCGAGAACAAACGGACAUGCCGUUCAUCCACACAAGGAGGUCGAGAAUGGUGCACCAAGGGAGAAGCAUGGAUGA